AUGACAUUGAGUGAGUCCGUAGCCGGUACGGUCUUCGAGAUCACUUUCCUGUCCUGUAUACUUACAUCUGCUUUGAUUGGUAAUGUGAGUUUAUUUGUUAUCGUUUACAAGAAGAGAAAUAUUUUGACCGUCACCAACUUGUUUAUUCUUAACUUGGCUGCGGCUGACAUCUUGGUAUCUGUUCUCAGUAUGCCAACUACAUUGAUCACCAUUAUCAAACAGCGUUGGGUUUUUGGACUCCCAGCUUGUGUGGUGUCCGGCUAUAUCACAAUGUUAUCGUUCAUUGCGUCCGUCAUGUCUCUCGCCAUGAUCGCCAUCAACCGGUAUUUUCACAUCGUAAAGUGGAAUACGUACAACAACACUUUCUCAAGAAAGAAAGCAUCAGUUUACGUAGCAGCCGUUUGGGUUGUGUCCAUAUCCCUGGCUUGUCCUCCGCUCUUCGGCUGGGCAGAAUAUCGCUUUAUCCCUGAAAAAUCCUAUUGCUUCGUUUACUGGCCGGCGAACGUCUAUUUUGUGUAUUUCAUGAUCACUGUUUGCUUUUUCGGUCCUCUUUUAGUUAUAGCCUUUUCUUAUUUCAAGAUUUUAAUGUUUACUAGGAAUGCGAGAAGAAAGAUCGCAGUUUCAAGGAAUAACUUGACACCUCCUCUAUUUCAGCGCCGGUCUGCUGCCUCUGAUGUAGAACCCAAAAGGAAUGGCGAAGAAAACUUUGAUUUAGAUCGCAGCAAGGCCGAAGUGGAAAUCCCGAAUAAACUGUUUGAAAGUAGAGGAACGGAGGAAACUAGAAUCACAAACACGUUUCUUUUGAUGGUUGCCCUUUUUAUUUUUUGUUGGGCGCCCUUCGCUGUAACCAUGUUUUUCGAUGUCCACUACUCAAGGCCGUUGCCACGGACAGUACACAUGAUAUCGUUGUUGUUUGGCUAUGGAAAUAGUGCCUGUAAUCCAAUAUUGUAUGGAGUACGCAACUCUGUUUUCAAAAGGGAAUUGAUAAAACUAUAUUCAAAAUGUUGGCCGCAGGCUGUAGAGAACUGA